AUGCUUAGAUUGGCUAGUCAACCGGCUAUAGAAGCCACGCCCUUUGUUCGGCGACGCUUCUCAGAUUACGUUUCGGAAUUCAAGGCUCUACGAGAUGUCAAAUUUCGUUUCCGUGAGAUGGCCGUGCCCACAGACACAGUCGGGGAUGUAGCCGCGAUGCUGCACUAUUUGCCCCCAGAGCAUGUGUUCGCGGGCUAUUCAACUCUCAUUCGAGCUGACUUCGAAGUUGGUUCUCUUUUUUAUCGUUUUUUUCUAGAUUUCCUGGAUUUUCUCAUGAAUUCUGCUCUCAUUUUAUAG